GGGGUUCUCCUUUCGUCUCCUAAAGCAGCUGCACGGAAAUUGGGGAAACACUUUUUGCAGCUAAAUACAGUCAACAGGGAUUGGUUAGUCCUCCACACUUUCACUAUGUAGCGCCGUCUUUUUGGGCAUGGAAAGGGGGUGAAGCAAUGCUCAAAGGGCUAUCUGAGUUCGUGGAUCAUGUCUUGUGCAUACUACCUUUCGAGGCAGAAGUUUGCAGAUUGAAUGGACUAGCUGUGACCUUUGUGGGCCACCCCAUACUUGAAGAUGUUUUGGAGUUGAAUUUGGGGAAGAAUAAUGUAGAAAAAGGAUGGAAGGUGCAAGGAAGUUCUGACAAAUUUCGAAGUAAACAUGAAAUAUCUUCAGGAGCCACAAUUAUUUCCUGGAAGCAGAUUACAAGAGGUAAUUAAACCGCAUGCUUCCAAUCUUCUUCAGCGCUAUGAAGCUAUUAAAAGACUGUUUCUUAGAGUUGAUUAUGGUGAUCCAUGGGGCACCUAAUAAGCACAUGGAAGACUAUAUCAACAGAGUUGUU